AUGGGGUCCAGAUGGCCUCGCAACCCCCAACCCCCGCCUUCGCACCUCUACGGCAGGUGUCGAGGCCGCCGAAGACGUAGCCAAUGGUUCCUCCGCGUCCCGUCUGAGAGCCCGACCGCCAUCAUGGUGAAGUACGAGGAGGAAACGUACAGCUUCCGCCUUUCACAGAUAGAUGAUUCUAUCUACUCUGACACGGGCACCGUGUCCUCUACCUACAAGCAGCGCAUCGACUCCCUGUUCCGUGACAAGCGUCGGCAGCCCAAGGCGAUCCCCGUCAGCGCCCCCGCCAACCCCGUGCAGGAGGAGCUGGAGCGCAUGUUCGGCGGGCGAGACCAGCGCCAGCGGGCCUUCAUGGACGUGCGUGCCACCGUGCAAGCACAGAUCGAGAGGCUCUUCGCCGACGCCACGAGCGAGCCGAGCGGCGUGAGCACGAGCGGCCGUGCCAUGGCCCCCCAUACCCCCCCUGCCCCCCGCGCCCCCGAGCCCCCGCCUCCCCCGCCGCCGCUCGCGUUCCAGGCCGCCCUGACGCGGCGCCCCCUGCCCGCCACCCCCUCCCCGGCCCCCAGCCUCCCCGCUGACGAGCGCGACGGCCGCGCGCGGAGCGGCGGCGUCAGUCCAGUAGAAUCACGCGGCGUGGCGGCACCGCGGCCUCUGCUUUCCGCUAUGAAGUACCGCGUGGAUUACCUGGGAGCCCUCCAGCUUUCGGAAAAAGCCACGAGCCUGGAUGUGCUCCAAAUACCACUUAAGGAUUUGUAUUAUAAGUACAGACAGAGUAUUUCUCAUGGAAAACUUCCUGUGCCUGGAAGUCUACAGAUAACCGAAGGUGGGCUAAAGGUAACUCAUGGGAAUUCGGACUCGUCGGACAACUAUUUUGAGUUUACGAAUCCAUUCCCAACCAUCGCCGUCUGGGCCGCGGUCAAGCUCGUCAUACGCAAAGAACUGAUCGACCAUGGCCAAGUGGGGUACACGUACGCAUUCCUUCCCCUCAUCUGCGAUCCCGAGGCCCAAGACAAAUACAAUCUGUAUCAUCCGCUCAAUGUGUCCGACCCGUCCGUCAUGGCCGUGGCACACCAGCAUCCGCCCAUGUUUGCUUGUGUCAUGAGAAAAGCCGGCGUCCCGAAGGUGCUCGAGUGCCAUGGCUUUGUGUGCGAGUCUGCCGAGGACGCAAUCGUGAUCGCGGCGAACCUCUACCAGGCGUUGCUGGAGAACAUGCGCAGCGAGGCGCCCAGUGAGGCCUCCAGCGAUCCUCGGGACGAUGACAGGCACGUCAUGAGUGACAGCGAGAUGGUGCCCGUACGACCUCCUAGGAAGAAGCGCACGCACAGAAGUGACUCGCCAGGCUUUGGCAGUGGCCUUCGUCGGGCAAACAGUGAAGACAUUCUGCAGACGCAUAUCGUCCUCGACGAAACGCGUGCCAGCAGGCGCCUCAAGCGCUCCAUCAGUGACCGACAGCCAGGUGGGUUCUUGAUUGAUCCGGGUGAUGUGUACACGAGGGUUGCCUUACCGCGAUCGAAGUCUUUCAUGAAUGUCACAAACAAAUAUAACUUCCAGGACCUUCUGGAUGACGUCAAGCAAAAGACAGGAUUGAACAGCGUAGACGAAGUGCUCAAACAAGUCAUUAAUCCGAAAGGCAUGUCCUUCAGCGAGAUGGACCCUGACCACCGAGAGAUCCUUCUCAAACUUGCCUUAACGCUGUCCAAGGACGAGAUUUACCAGCGGUCCAAGAACAUCAUGAAGAAGCAGAAAGGUCGUAGCACGUCCCUCAUGAGCCUCAUGGACUCGGACAGCGACGGCUCCACGAUAUCCUCCGUCCUGAAGGCCACGAAGCGGUCCUUCUCUCGCCUUGGCUCGCGCGCCUCCAGCCUCCAGUCUUCUUAUCUGAAGGACAAAUCGCCGCUUCGGAAAUUAGUCAACAACAAGAGCCGAUACUCCUUCGAGAGGAGCGGGCGAGACAACGGCUCGGCGAAGCGCCCCGAGAACAAGGAGAACGAACUCACACAUCUGCUAGAGGGAGGAGCCAGGAAGGUGGCGCCGAAGACCCCGAUGCCAAAGCGCAACCCGUCGCGCCAGAACGAGGGGUACGUCUCGUGCAGCGAGUGUGGGUAUGACAGCGAGUGCUCCAGCAAGUGUUACUGCUCCUUGCCUCGGCGCCCUCCGUCCGCGAAGCCCGCCAGGGACCACGUCCACAAGGGCCAUGACUCGCCUUGUGAUUGUGAUACAGAGAGUUGUGCUGAGAGUGAAAAGUGUUACUGUUCCUUGAAACGCGUGAAAAAGAAUGGCCUGAAGAUGUAUGAGAUUAAUCUCGACUCGGAAACAGAUACCAACACGGACGCGACGGGACACACCGCCGCCUCCUACAAGAAGGGCUUCGGCUCGCACUCCAACCUAAGCGAGCUGGAGUCACACGCGACGUCGUGGAAGCGCAACACGGGAGGAUCCUCCAGCAGCGCCACGAGGCAUAAAAGUUCGUCCUCGUAUCUGACGGAACACAGCAAGAGCCGGCUCUGCAGGGACCGUCUUCUCCAUGCACCAGAAGUCAUGAGGAAGAAGAGCAUAUCUUCCAAUCUGUCUUCGGACUCUGAAAUGUCGGUCGUGCAUCGGUCGUCGGGCGGCUCCGGAUACCACAGCCAGAACAGCGGCGACCGCCGUCUCCCGCUCCAGCAGAGGACCCAGAGCACGGAGUCGCUGCUCAUAACGCCUCGCCUGCGCCGCCACCCGUCCGGCUCCCUGGGCUCUGGGGGGUCCCGCGGCUCUGGCGGGUCGUCCCAGGGCAGUGGCAGUGCCGCCGGGUCACAGCGCUCGCGCGGCUCUUCAAGCUCGCAGCAGAAGAUCCUGUUGGUGUCAGCCGUGGAUCCCUCUGGGAAGGUGGUGUAUCGUGGGGCGUCGCAGCGGCAGCAGCGCGAGGGGAGCGACACGGCCUCAAUCCUCUCCAUGAAGAAGACGGCCGAGAUCGCCGCCUUAUUCUCCGAGCUCAAGCUAAACCAAACCACCGAUCUCAUUGACCAUCUGAACCAGUCGACGUCGGAGUCCGAGGACGACGCCUACUCCUCCAUGCAAGCCAACAACUCCUUCCUGUUUUCCGACAACAUUGAAAACUCUCUCGGAUACCUGCCGUGAGCAACAAACAGCGCGUGAAUGUGAGUGUAUUUGCGUGUACGUGACAGAUGGCGCCCGUGACUCCAUGACAAGAGACGGUCGACCAUCUGGGGCGACCAUGUCAGCUGCAACCUGAACUUUGGGUCAGCUCGACAGUGUAAUGUGUUGAUAGUCUUCAAAGUGCAAAAUCUCCUAACUCAUAUAUAUAUAUAUUUUUAUCUAUGUGGUCUGACAUCAGCAUUAAGGCUAUAUUUCUUCCAGUCGUCUUUGUAUAUAAUGUUAGGGAUGUGCAAUGUGAUUUUCCUUUUGUUACAUUAUAACAAAUGUACUUGGUGUGACAAUCAUCAUUUCAAAGUGAUUUAAGAUUUUUUUCAAGAAAACAUUUCAAUGAUAGUUUAUAUAUUAAUGUUUGAUAGCCUUCUAAUCCUGCAUUACAUAUGCAUUUUUAUUUAUUUCAUGUUGCAUAAUCAGUAUAACACUGAGGUGGAAUUACAAGAUUUUCUAAAAAACAAUAUGCAGAUAUAGGUUGUUUCUUCUUAAUACUAAUAUAGGUCACUCUCGAUGUAGCUCAUACUACAUAUCGCCAAAUCACAUCACACAAAUCCAUUCAUUCCUCAUCACGUCUUUUACCCUUAUCACAUAACCUUACAACUGUCUGGGCAGGAGGGGAAGACUUAGCAGCUGAUCAAACAGUCAAGGCUGAGAAUGAUUUGUUAUUUCGACACCGUUCAUACAUUCAAACAUUUUAAACAUCGAUGUAUUUCACAUGCCAUAUUCCAUAAAGUUUAUAAUUACAUUUCCCAUACUUUCAUAAUCACCUUUGUAGGAUGUAGCAGUCUCAUUGUGGUUUACAUUUUACAUAAAUAUCCAUUUCAUUGUAAAAAAAAAAAAAAAAAAAAAUACCGCUUGGACAAUUGACUAACCGCAGUGACUAUACAGCAACGGGUCUCCCAGUCUAAUGUCUCACGCCUAAAUUAAGUUGAAAUAGCCUCAACUGUUGCCAAACAUACCAGCGGAAGUAUAGAAAUAGUAAGACUGUGAAAACUCCGUCCAGGUGUGUUAGUACCGAUGAGUCAGGUGCGCGGAACCGCAUGCGGAAGUGAGCGCUGAUGCGAGAGAUGACUCGCACUUCGAGUACUGGAUCUCGUCCUCCACGCAAAGGGAGAAACAGUACGACUUUCCCUCCUAUCGAAUGCUUUACUUUUAAUCUGCAAGAUAGGCAAGAAAGAAGGGCAUCUAAGCCGAUUAGUUGUUUAAAGGAACCUUCGGUAGCCAGUAUGUCAUUCAUUUUAGCGUUUCCUGUGUAGACAUAUGGAGGCAGACGGAGGUGGUUCCCAUACGUGUUGCGUUGUACGCACUCGGGUGUGGAAUUUCUCAGCUGUUCUCGUGGAUAUGUUUCUUUUAGUGUGGGUUCUACAAGAGUUCCACCGCCGUGGAUUAGAUGAGAAUUGAUGUUCUGUUUUUCCCGUGAUUUCUUCGUUUUGUACGAUAAUGCUUGCAAGAAAAUCAAACUAAUGUUGAGUAACAUGUUAUUGCCGAAAUGCCGGGCUAAAUCAAACCAAAAUUGAAUUAAAAACAAAAAGAAGUGCAUCAAUCAUAAGUGCUUUGCAUGUUCUUCAAACUGCACUUACGCAUAUGAGUUUUAAAGACUUGAUUAGAAUCGUGAGCUAAUAAGAUAUGUAACGGAGCGCAGGCAUGUCGACGCAGACGCCAUAUGGUCCUCGCGGCCCGCUUGGCCACCGACGGUUCCCAGUCCCUGCUCACGCCUCCCGCAGUCUCUCAUCUUUUAAUUUCCAUCUUGUGUUUCGUCGGAAAUAGCUUAUAAAAGGCUCUAAACUGACUCUAUCAAUUCCCAGCACUUGCGGCUUCCCAAAUCCCAUUAUGCGCUCGAAUGAAAUGUUGACGUGGGAGUCGGUAUUCGACGCGGUCGAGCGAGUGCGACGGCCCACUUGGCAAAGGGGAGCUGCCAUUCAUUUCCACGCGCCCGCAUUUAUUUGUCUGCUAAUUAAAUGCUCCUAACCUCAAAAUCAACAAGUCGACGAUACAGCAACUCAAAGCUCCUUUCGCGGCCAAGCUCACGCUAUGAGCAUUUACCUUGAUGCUCACAGUUUCCCAUGGCGCGCUGACGUGCUUCGUGCAACUCUCCCGCGAUUCUUUUACUUUUAACGGGACAAUGUCCGCGUGCACUGUAGUGUGCAUUUUAGUAUGUAUCAUAAGAUUAGACACCUCACAAUUGCACAGAUGCACAGUUCAGUGCUGUUGCAGUUGCAGUUAUCGUGACGCAUUAUCACGGGGUCACUUCCAUCUUUCCAUCUUCCGUAUUCUAUCGUAUCUUACAUCUAUCAUUAUUUUAGUCCAAUUCUAUUGUCAAAAAAUGUUGCCCUUCUCGACUCCCAAGGGUCUCCUUCCCCCCCUCCCUCCCUCCUGCCGCCCGCCCCACCCAUCGCCCGGGAAGGCCAAGGGCUCUUACUGCCGAAUUACCGUGCCAGGUAGUGCGGCAGUGAACUUCAUUCCGAGGGGGGUCAGUGCCAGGUGAAGCCGCUUCCCUCUCAACGGGACGCGGGAAGCGGCUCUCAGUUUCUGGAAGCUUCUCGUCAUGCGGCAGUCGAAAUCCCACGACCGGCGGCCCUGUCAUCGUCGCUGCCAUCGUAUCUGCCCGCUUCAGCCACCAUCAUGAUAAUCGGCAUUGCACUGCAAGCGCCUUCUAUCCGGUUAUGUGGCAUAGCCUUGGCGAGGCACUUGUGUGUCAUCAUCUUCAUCAAAUAGCAGUCACCAUCACGGUAACAUCAUCACCAUCACAACAUAAACAUUAUAAGUCUCACAUCUCGCCAUUCUGAGCCACGUAAAGUAGGACUGACCUAAUAUCCGCCGUCACGCUCGAUCGCGAUAAGCGAAAACAACAAUAACAAAUCAUUUUCUCAGCACGAGUUUAAGCCCCCAUCUUCCGCCCUCCCUCUCUCCCUCCCUCCCUCUCUCCCUCCCUCCCUCUCUCCCUCCCUCCAUCCCCCGCUCACUCACCCUGUACCCUAUACCCCCUUCCUACCUCCUUCUGUACUCAAUCUCCCUCUCUCCUUCCCUCCCUCCCUCUUUUUCUACUCCCGUUCCCUCCUUCCCUCUGCCGGCCUACGUAGCACCCUUGGCCCAGCAGGUAGAAUGACACAGACAAGCAUUCUCUGUGCCAAGUCCGUCAUGGCGGUGGUUGCGGCGGCCGGUAAUUGAACACAACAUCUGGCGUUCACAUACACACGUUUCCCCCAGAUCACCUUCCGCCGCUAACGCACCCUGUUCUCCGACUCGAAUCCCUCUCUUGCCGGUCGCCACUCUUCCCCUUCGAUCCUCCGCAUUUCGUUUUUUUGAAGUCUGUUUUUCCCUAGGGCAUCAUCCUGUAUAUCUCACGUCAGCCAUAUUGUAUUCAUUGGUUUUCUUUUAAUCCUACCCUAUUUUCUCUUGAUUUUAUCCAUUUUCAUCUUCCUCUUCCAUUAUACGUAGGAUUUCUCUUGUUAUUUUGUUGUUUCGGAUUGAAAUAUGUUUAUCUUGCAAAGCGAUUUUUAUUCAAGACAGUAAUGUCGUAUGUCGUUUUUUUCUCAUUAUUGUUUGUAAUACUAAUUUAUAUUUCUAAAUAGAACAUUCAGUUUAUGUUUAUAUAAAGAACUGUAUAGAUGGCACGUGUAUGUAAUUAUCUAUUGUUUAUUACCCAUAAAUAUGCCGUUAUGUAAAUACUGUUUCUUGAUUUUCUUUUAUUGUACUGUAUAUAUGAUGAUUAUCUCCUUGUCCAUAUUCUAUUUGAUUUAUUUGUUAAAUAAAUUUGGAGACAUUUAU